AUUCUAAAGUAUCACAAUGGUUCUGAAUCUUCUAUACAUAUUGAUGAGAAUAAAGUUGCAUAUAUAAAGUGUUCCUGUGAGAAGAAAAUACAAGUAGAAGCUGCAUCGUAUCAAAAAAAGGGAGAUGGAAAUUGUACAAACGUAAAUAGUUUAACAGUAGAACAGAGGGACCUUGCCUCAAAAACCAUAGUGGAAAACCUGUGUAAUAAUGAAUCAAGCUGCAGCAUCAAGCCAAACAAUAAUGUUUUUGGUGAACCUUGUGAAGGGGUGCACAAACAGCUUGUUGUAAACUAUAAAUGUCAUCCACCAAAUGGAUUGAGCUGCAGCUUUAGAUGGAGUGUUCUCAACCAUAUUGAAGAAGAGAUUAUAUUUGCCCCUGCUUAUAUCAAAACUAGUACAGACAUUCUAAGAGGUCAAUGGCAGAUUCCAACAGCUGGUUGUGAAAGUCAAACACAACACAGGCCCAACUACAAUGUAUAUUGUGUAAAUUACACCAAAAUCACUAAAGCAACAACACUGGCUCCUACAACUUCUGCUGAACUGACCUCUGAUACUACACAGCCUUCAACUUCUUCUCUCGCAACUUCUACCAGUUUAGCUGAGACCACGCAAACUCCAACAAUUAACGACACCCCUGUUUGUACAGUCAUAUCAAACACAACCCCAGCAGUAAUCUUGCAUCCUUUAAGUGAAUCAAAACAUUCAGAAGGAACCGUAUAUUAUGUGAAUGGGAAAAGGAAAUUAGUAUUUUCCCCCGUUGAGGCGGAAUUUGCUGCUGUUGUUGGCUUCCCCUGGUUAGCGGUUCUUAUAGGUUGGGCUGUAUUCAUUUUCUUAACAGAUAUUCGUCAUUUUUAUAUAAGUUUAAAGUAUGCAUGGCGUAACA